AUGCGCAUCUCAUCGGGCAUUCUUCUCGCUCUCCCGGCGCUUGCUGUCGCCGAGGAGCAGGUUCCUCUCCUUGACAAGGUGAAGGGAUUCUUCAACAAGGCGACUGCUGCCGUCUCCGCAUCCAUCCCCUCCAUGCCAUCGGCGCCCGUCGACACAGCAACGAGCAAGGCAGCAUCGAAUGCCGCUGCAGUAAUCCAGUAUCCCCUUACUCUGGAGAACUGGAAGGAGGUCCUGACUGUUGAUCCCACUGCUAGCCCUCCUACAACCCAGGACUGGCUUAUCUUCUCUACUGGCGGCAACACCACUUGCUUUGGGCUGUGUGCAAACGCAACCAAGGCAUGGAACGCUUCUCUUCCCGUCAUGGCCGCAAAGACCAACGCGCCCAAGUUCGCGUACCUUGACUGCGAAACCGAGCCUGUUCUCUGCAACUCAUGGUCCGUCGGCGCACCAUCGCUCUACUACUUCCAGGUUCCCAAGCCUAUGGCCGACCAGUCCGCGCCAGUCCCCACCGUUCGCUACAUGCCCUUGAACCGCACAAGCACCACCACCGAGACCUUCAAGAAGCUCAUCGUCGACAAUGGUAUUGAGCAGGUCACCCCGUACGAGGGUCCCUUCCACCCCUUCAACGGUGUGCUUCAGCAGUACAACCUUGCUGUUCCUUACGGAUACGUUACCUGGGGAUUUUCUAAGAUGCCUUCAUGGAUGCCUAUGAUCAUCAUCUCCUUCCUCAGCAGGUCGUUCAUGAGCAAGCGCAUGUCGGGCCCAACUCCUGCAGAGGCGCGCGCUGCGAACGCACAACCUGCUCGAUAA